ACACAAGAUACACCCGCACCAUACUCUCCAGUUUCGGAGGUUACACGAGGUCAUGAACGUAGUGAUACUGUCUCGUCGUUUCAUACUUCCCAAUGUCGCCUGUCUCACGAGGACUUCGUACAUCCCUAUGCCAACCCUGAUUUGGUGGCUUCUUAUACCCCUCCUAGACCUGCUCAGUUCCGUUCUACCUUUGGACAUGUCUCGCGAUGCGAUUCGGCCGCCACCGUAAUCGACUCGCUAAGUUCGCGAUCCGGUGCUUUCUCAUCUACUAUAACACCAGACACCUCUGCCUCAUCCCUACCAUCACGAGAUCAUAUCCCUUCCACAGGCAUGCGCGUUCAUGGCAAAGAUAUUUCUCCUCCCAUCACAGUCCUCCACUCCAACGAACUCAAUUCCGCGCAAUGCGAUCAGAGCACCAACUUACCGUCUUUUCACCCCCCACCCGUAAUUGAAGGUGUCCCAGGUUGGAAUGCUUAUCCCUCUCCAACUGUUUUGGGGGUGGGGGUUCUCAGUCGGUUGUGGGCCAAGCACGAGCAGGAGGGCGGCGAAGUCUGGGGUGUCGAUAUAGAGGCCGAACGAGAUGGCACUUUGCUAGCUACCGACUUCAAGAUUCUCGACCCACUAGCCGCAAAACAGUGGGCCAUCAAGCUCGCAACAGAAGCCGCUGUAUCGGUACUCAGCGUCGACAGCAUCAUCAUGAACAAACCCGCAGGAAGAAACCCGACACACACCUACUCCAUCCUUCGAUACCUUUCACCGACUCGCACCCUAAGAAACCGCUUGCACGCAGCAUCAUCCAAGCUCCUCUUCUCGUUCGUGGUAUUAGCAAAAGACCAGACACAGUUUACUCGCCUAUUGGUCGAUCCCGAUUUCUUUCGUCGCUUGGUGUCCCUGAACAUCUACACAAUCCAGAUGAGACGAAGAUUCUUAUCGUUUCAUUUGGCGGACAGGUCUUCCAGAGGCCCACUUCCAGUCGCAGCAGCAGCACGGGUAACUCAAGUCCAGGAUACAGAAUACCUCCUACGGGGCUACAACAGAUCACUGAUAGCCCACAAUUGUCAAAGAUCCCUCUUUGCAGCGAUGCUCUCAGCAAAACAGACACAUCACACUGCUGUCACAGCGCCCCCACGACCACCUUUGAUGCCAGUGAUGAGCCUUUGCAUGGACCCACCAUGA